AAGGAUUUAUACUCCCGGUCCACGUGUACCGCGUGGGGACGAAGCAUCCGAACACGCGCUGCCUCGUGCCGUCUUCCUUUAUUAACUGACUCUUUGAAUUCUAACCGGUCUCGGAAACGAGAAAAACAGCAGUCGGUUUUGUAUUCGGAAUCCAACUCCGUCACUCUUCGCCGUCUAUUUAACAGUAACAGCUCCUGCUUCCACCACAAAAUCCUGACUCAGAUUCAAAGACGUCCGCGGCAAGAAAACGUUUCCAAAGACGUCCGCGGCAAGAAAACGUUUCCAGAAAACGCUGAUAGUUGUUUGGACGACGACGUUUUCUCUGCGAUUGCGAAUGGCGUCGCUGGGAGUCCAGUUCGGAAGGAAUAACAACACCGUUCUUGAUCACCGCCGUCAGAACAGUCUUUGCAUCUGCAGUCCUUCUUCCAAACAGACUGUUUCGAUGAUACGUGGAUGCGGGGGCAAAAGAGGAAGUGAGGUACUGGCGAUGGCGGGGGCGGGAUUGGAGGCGCUGGGGCGGGAACGGCGACGAGGCGGUGGGAGCGACGCGGCAGCGGCGGCGUAUGAGAAGUUGGACGAGUGGAUGAGGGAGUCGGUUGUGGAGAUUGUCAAGAAUCUCCGGGAAGCACCGCUGUUGGUUAACGUGUACGGGAGAAGCACGGACGGGAGGCCGAGGCUGGAGACGGAGAAGCGGGUGGAGGAGGAGAAUUGGGACGGGCUCAGACGGAAAUGGGAGGCGGGAGUGGCGCCGUUCCCGGACGGCGUUAUCUUUGUGGAAGAAUUAGAUGAUGAUAACGGUGACGGAGAGGGCAGCGGUAACAAUGAGGGAGGGGAUGCGAUCACGAGGGCGUGGGGGUUAGUGGUGCAGGGGAGGGGGGAGGAGAGUGCGCCCGCCUGUUACUUGUUGAAGACGAGUAAAGUGGAUAGCGGGCCGGGUUUCGGGCUGGGAAUGGGUUUGGGUUGCACUCAUUUCUGUUUGGUUCGGGUCAGCAGUUUCAGGGAGAAGGCCCAGUCGCAGCUCAAGAAUUGUUGGUUAUUGCAGGCCCAGGCCCAGUGAAACUAAUUCCCAUUCCAUUCCAACACAAUUGUAAAUUAAUACCAAAUUGAUUGAUCUCUCCAGAAGAAAACAAAAAUGUAAAAAAGGGAGAUGAAUUGAUGUUAAGUUGAAUGAUUUAGUUCAUGAUGAUUAUGAUAUACCAAGAAGAAACCAAUUUAAUGGGAAGGUAGAAACUCAUUUCCUUUA